AUGGAGGAGGCUUGGGAGGCACCAGCAGGUUGGGACUUUGACAGCGACGAGAUCGCAUCCAUCAACUCGCAGGACCUACACGACAACCGCCCCAAUCGCUGGAGAGGCCCCAAGUCAUCAUGGCGCACGCUCACUGCCGACGAGCGGCUGCUUUGGCGGUCGAUGCAGCAGCUGCAGCACCAGGAUCUCUCGGUGCAUCUGUAUGAUGUCUUUGCGCUGAGAAGACAGGGUGAGGAUAUGCAGACGACAGAACUGUUCACCGUCAAGACGGCAAGUAUCCUCCGGCACUCUCGAUGCAUGUGGACGGCCUGGCCGUUGAAGGAGAGUCACGUACCGCAAGAGACUCUCCUCAAGAUUGGCGACAAUGGCGACAACUGCGACGACGAUGGCCAGUUGACGCUUCGGAUGAACGAAAAAGCAAACAACAUGCCGAGCUCGCGCUUGCAGGAUGAAAUCGGCGCAACGAUUCUUCGGCUGGCCAAGGAAAGUUUCCUCAAGCGGACGAGACGAGAAUCGGCGCCCAUCCAACCAUCGAUAGAAUCGACGGCCGCAGGCACAGCAGCUGAAACAGACGACGAAAUCUCAUUGCCGUCCUCUCCUCCGCUCUCCAUCAAAAUGGAGCCGGCAGAAGUUGGCGACAUGACGCAGCUCGACAGCGUCGAACCGCAUUCGAGAUCGUCGAAUUCCAAAAAUCCCAACAGACCGGCACCAAGGACGCAUGAGCCGACGGUUUCUACAGAUGAUGACCUGUCGUACGCUCUUCUGCGUCCUUCAGUCAGAAACAUCAUCCUUCAGCUCGACAAGACGCUCACGAUUCUCCACAACGCCCGCGUCGCCGGCCUUCAUCAGCUGUCCGACUCGUCCACCGACUCUGACUCAGGCUCGCAAUCCGCUGCGGCAGAACGGCCCCAGAAACGCCCCCGCGGACGUCCCCGGCGCACCCCUCAGGCUGGAGAAAGCACAGAUGAAGGGGAUCGGGUCAAGCUGACGAGACGCGGGAGGCCAAGAAAGCAGCACGUGCCGAGGGUGGGCGAGACACAGGUUGAGAUGCGGCAUCGCAUCGCGCGCGAGGGCCAUAGACGACUGCCAGUGACCGAGGAGGAAAAGGAAGCUGCUUUCGAGGAGUGGCUUCGCAAAGGCGACCUGCAGCGGCAGAGGGAGAGGGAAAUGGAUGCAGAAAUGGAUGGGCCCUUCGCUGUGGUGGAUGACGGGACCGCCGGCGAAGUCGAGGAUGGUCAACAUGUGCCUCUCGGAAACGUCGAGAGAAAGCUUCUCAGAUGGGGGCUUCGAGACUGGAGCGACGUUGUUGGUGCCGCAGCGCUGGCCGGAGUUUCCGAGGAGGUGAUUAAGAGGACGACGAGACGGUGCGCCAACCUCUUUGGCCAAGGCAUGACGAUCCGACGCCUCGACGAGGCAAUCGCCUCGCAUGGACCCGGGUUCCGCACCUUGAUCUACCAACCGGAGCGCAUCAGCCUCUCAUCGAGCGCGUCCCGGUCCUCGUCGUUUCCGUCGUCCUCUUCCGACGAAGUGCCCACUCUAAACCAGCGCCGCCUCGCUUCUCACAGCCGCAGUCCCUCGGCAUCGCGCCGUGGGCGCACCUCGUUGCGGCUCUCUGCAUCGGCAGCAUCAACGUCCCGGUCCCGCAGUCGCUCCUCGGCCGGCCUCAUCUUCUGCCCCGUCCCGCGUUGUGACCGUGCGGCGAUGGGCUUCUCGCGACGUGCGAAUCUGAGCCGCCACAUGCAUCUUGUUCAUCCAGACAUUGCAGAAGAUGGAGGCGACAGCGACGAUGACACAGUUGGUGCGGUCCACGUCGACGGCUUCCUGCGGCCGGUUCAGAUGAGCCGUGGGUGGCGCGGCGAGGAUGUCGCCGAAAGGAAGCGGAAGAGAUUCUAUGCAGGUAGGGAGACAACUCCGGGCCGGUCGAGGACUUCGCCACGAAGCAACGAUGAUGGAGACGACGACUACGAAGCAGGAGAUGAGUCGGCCCGAAGAGUACUUUGUUCGUGGCCUGAGCAGAUAAAGAAAGUCAAGGCAAGGUUUUAA